CUUAAUUCCUUCAUUCAGCCAGCCCUCACCUAGCAUCUAGGCCCUGUGCUGGCAGCGGGGGUUCCAAAAUGACUAGGCUCAGUCCAUCCUCAAAGAGUUCCCAUUCUAGGGACUUCCCUGGCGGUCCAGUGGUUGGGACACCGCGCUUCCACUGCAGGGGGCAUAGGUUCGAUCCCUGGUGGAGAAACUAAGAUCCCGCAUGCUGCACGGCGAGGCCAGGAAAAAAAAAAGAGUUCCCAUUCUAGUGAUGGAGACUUGAGAAAUGACCAUUAGGGCACGGUGGCCAGGGUUACCGAGGGAGUCACAGAGAACUGUGGGACAUGGGGAACAGACCUCAGAAAAGAGUAGCCCCUGUUGCAGAAAUGUAAUUAAAAACAAAAUCUCCUGCCAACCUAGAAAACCUCUCCACAAGGGUAGAAGAGGAAGAAAACUUUUUUUUAAUUGGAUGAGAAUUAAACCAGAAUGUCACAGGCAAUCAGCUCAAGAGUUUGCAAAGAUGAAGAGAAAUUGUAUCUGUUUACACAGCCAAGUGGAUACAACUCAUUGCAUACAUUUUCUCAAGAUAAUCACUAGUCCUCAAGCAAGAGGACUUGACAGCACUACUUGUCACACAGGGGUCAUCCUAAAUUCAGCUGGGAAAUGGGGUAGCCACCUGGGUUUGCUAAUUGCCAUUAACCAAAGGAAAAAUAAAUUUCUCAUAUCUUUAUGAGAGGAGGGAGGUUUGCAACUUGGAGCUGGGCACCUGCUGAAGUUAGGCUCCUACCCUCCAGCACAAACUGGGAGACAGGGGCUCUAUCUUUCUUAAUGAUUAUAUUUCAAAGAGCCGGCUCCCAGGUCCUUGAAAAACACAUUCCUGGGUUGUAAAACUGGCAAGAGCCUUAUUUAGCUUUUAAAAAGAUUUACAUACAUCUCAAAAGGGCAGAGAAAGAACUCACAGUUACAGGUAUUCUAAAGUAAAUGCUCUAAGAAAAGCAAGGGGCAGAAGAGUCUUUCCCCUUUUUGCACCAGAGAAAAUUAAGAUUUAUUUUUCCUACUUUUAAUUGGUAUUUGUCCUUACACCCCUCAUUUCACAAAUAUCAAAGCUAGUAUUUCUUGAAUACUUAACUAUAUUCCGGGUGCUUUGCACACAACUGCCUCCGUUAAUCCUCUAACAACCUAAAAGAUAAGAGACGGUUAUUACCACUCCCAUUUCAUGGUUGAGUAAGCACACUGUGGCCCAGAAAGGUUGAGCGACUUGCACACAGAAUCACACAGCCAGUAAACGGCUGAGCUAGGCUUCCAGCCCAGGGCUGUCCAAAAUCAGCGACCUUAAUCACCACGCUGCAACACUGCCAGAGAAGAGGCUGAAACCUAGUAGUUCUUACAGGGGUCCAUCCUGCACUCUGGAGGGAGAGGGGGUGGAAAUGCUAGGUUGGGGGAAGAAGACACGACAGGCCCCAGGGAAGCCCCCAAGAUAAUCGGGGCCCAAGGUCAGGAACAUGGAGUAGGAUUAAGGGCGGGAGGCAUGCUCAAGAAAACGUGGCAUCUUAAGAGUUUAUACAGCACCGCACGCCACUAACGAUGUCAGGCGACGACCAAGCUCCCUCAAUCUCGCGCUACAGCUAACCAGACCUCUCCCCUCGACCCAACUUCGCGUCAUCACUGAGUCCGGCCUGCCAAUCCAUCAUCUCGGUCCUCAUCUGCUCAUCCGGUCUCGCAACUGCACUCGAUUGGUCGAGCCUGAGCCAAUAUGGCGGCGCCCUAAACCAAGUCCGUACCGCGAAGGCGACGGCGGCCGUGGGGCGGGCCCCUCGGGGGUGAGAAGCUACCAUGCUGAGGGCGGCGUGGAGGGCGCUGAGUUCGAUUCGGACCCAGGCAGUGACCCAGGCCCCAGUCCUCGGGCUGCCGGGCGGAGGGUGCGCCAAGCUUCUCUCCGUCCAGCGGGACCUUCCCUCACGUCCUGGAGGUUUCAUCCUCCGGGCCGCCCGCGGAUAUGCCACCCAGAAACCAGUCCAGCCCAGCCAUGAAGAUGACCCACCCCCUUCUAUGCUGCUCAAGGACUACCAGGACAUCCCCGGAAUUGAGAAGGUUGAUGAUGUCGUGAAAAAACUCUUAUCUUUGGAAAUGGCCAACCAGAAAGAGAAGCUAAAAGUCAAGAAAGAGCAGCUGAUGAACAAGGUCGUGGAAAACCCUAAGGACACCGGCUCCCUGGAGGCUCGAAUUGUUGCCUUGACUGUCAAGAUCCACAGUUAUGAAGCACACAUGCAGAAACACCGAAAGGACAAAGCCCACAAGCGCUAUCUACUGAUGAGCAUUGACCAGAGGAAAAAGAUGCUCAAAAACCUCCGCAAGACCAACUAUGCUGUCUUUGAGAAGACAUGCAGGGAGCUGGGGAUUGAGUACACCUUUCCCCCUCUGUACUACCGGAAAGCCCACCGCCGCUGGGUGACCAAGAAGGCUCUGUGCAUUCGGGUUUUCCAAGAGGCUCAAAAGCUGAAGAAGCAAAAAAGGGCCUUAAAAGCUGCAGCUGCAGCACAGAAACAACGCCAGAAGAACCCAGAGAGGCCUUCCAAAACUGGACCAGAGGCAAUCAAAGAAAAGCAAUAAAUGUUAAAAUUAUG